UGGAUAUGCGCGUACUUGUUUUACAUUUAAAUCGAUUUGAAAGAGCUCGAAACACUGGUACCGCAGUGAGUAAGGGGUUGUUUUUUUGUUCAGCCGGUGCUCACGUACCGCACAGAAUUCGAAAAAGCACAAGCGCUAAUGCAGAAACGGGGGCAAAUUCAGGCCAGGUCGGCAAGCAGAAGCGAAUAAGUAGCAACCAAUCGCGAGGAGGCAGCCGGGGAACAGCGCUUGUAGUCCCUCCCCGGGCCGCUAAGGGCUGAGAGGGGAGCCGGUGUGCUAAAUGCUCUCGCCUCAGAGGGACGAUGGUGGAGGCUUGCUAAACAUGGCGGCGCUCUCCGAGGAUGGGAGGUACGGAUUAAAUUGUGGCCAACACAGCACAGGCAGAGUUACCGUCCUGCACGUCAAAUUGACCGAGACGGCACUGAGGGCGAUUGAGAGUUAUCAAAAUUGCAAGGAUGUAUCCUCUUUGCAGCCGACAAUACAAUUCAAGGGACUCCAAGGGCGCAUUAAAAUACCCCGGACAAAUUCUUCCUCUGAUGCCUCCCACAAUUUUGAUUUCUACCUGUCUAACGUCGGCAAAGACAACCCUCAAGGAAGCUUUGAUUGCAUCCAUCAAUAUGUUUCAAGCUCAGGAGCCUCUCAGCUGGCGUUAUUGGCGACGGUGCAGGACAAGGUCACAAUAUGCGCGACGAAUGACUCCUACCAGGUGACCCGGGAGCGCAUGACCCAGGCUGUGGAGGACACGCGCGAACGUGGGACCAAAGUCAUCAAACCCGGGGGCCAGUACAGAGGGAAGCAAGUCCAUGUCCGUAAACCAGCGCUGUCAACCCCCGAGGUCGUCCCGGAGCGCAAGCGAUCAACACCCAUCAACCCAGCCAACACGAUCCGCAAGUGCCUUUCCAACAACCCGGUCUCCCAGCGGUCUUUUCGGGACCGCAUCGUUCACCUUUUGGCGCUCAGGUCCUACAAGAAGCUGGAAGUGCUGGCCCGUUUGCAGCGGGACGGCAUCAACCAGAAGGACCGGAACUCCUUGGGGACCACCCUGCAACAGGUGGCAAACCUUAACCCCAAAGACAACACGUAUUCACUGAAGGACUUUGUUUUCCGCGACGUCCGGAGAGACUGGCCUGGCUACUCGGAAGAUGAGAAGAUUCAGGUGGAGCGCAUCCUGACUCGCAAACUAGGACUUUCCUCGGAGGCGCCCUCCUCAAACACUUCUCCCAAAGACAAUUUACCUUCAUCUCCUCGGAAGCGCCAGCCGGAUUGUGACUUUAUAGAUCCUUUGGCGCCAAAGAAAGCCCGCAUCUCUCAUCUCAGCAAUCGCGGGCCGGCCACAUCUUUAUCCUCCUCGUCGUCAGAGCGCCGCGAGGAUGACGAAAGCUCGGGCGCGAAAUGCUCUUCUCUGCCCUCCGGUAUCAUCUUGGGCCCCCCAAGCCACCUCCCGAUUCCCUCUCACCCUCCGGCGCCCUCUCACCAGCAGCCUAGCCCAGCCUCCAGCUCUAACUCCCCCAGCACGCCGGAGGGCUGCGGCACCCAGGACCUGCCCGUGGACCAGAGUUCCUCCUGCAGGGAGCCUUCGCCGAGUUCCUCGUCAUCCGAUCGAGCCUCGCUGCAGCGUUAUCAUCAGCCCCCGAUCCCGGCGGCCGCGCCGGCCGCCUCGCCGAGCCCUCCGCCCUGUACCUCACUCACCGUUACCUCCACUGUGAUCAGCAGCCCUCCCCUGCCCACCAGUGACGACAAGAAGUUCAAGAAGAAGUCCAAAAAGCACAAAGACAGGGAUCGCCAGCGGGACAAAGGGAAAUGGACAGAAAGGGGUUGCAACAGUUCUCCGAGUGUGGUCGAGCAGGCUAAGGAGAGUCAGAAAUCUAAAAAGAGGCAGAAUGCUGACGACGAAAGAAGAGAAGCUCCGGACAAGAAUCCUCACACGUAUCAAGACUCCCCCGAAAAAGAGAAGAAUCCGGGCCAAUCUACUGUAUUCUCAUCCACCAUCGAGGCACCUGACUAUGAAAUAAAAUACACGGCACUGGUGUCCACGGACCAGAGACAGAGCUACAAGGACGACUUCAAUGCCGAGUACGACGAGUACCGCUCGCUGCACGCCCGCGUGGAGAAGAUCACGCGCCGCUUCACACAGCUGGAUUCGAAGUGCCGCAAGCUGCCACCGGGCACCAAAGAGUAUCAGAAGGUGCAAGAAGAAGUCUUGAAAGAGUACAAAAAGAUGAAACAACACAGCCCCAACUACCACGGGGACAAGCAGCGCUGCGAGUACCUGCACAACAAGCUGGCGCACAUCAAGCGGCUGAUAGCGGAUUUUGACCAGCGGCGAGCCCAACCUUGGUGCUGAGAGUCCUCUCGCCACAUCACUGAUCAGUAUUGUGAAUGGAGUGUCCAACCAGGACAGGGGAGGGGUCCAACUGGCUCUUAUUUAUUACCGCCCCCACGGUUGGUGUCGGUUUCUCCUUUGCUUAUUUGCCCUUAUCCCAAUGUCCUCCUUUCAUUCCUUCCCUUUUCCAAGCUUUGAUUCCACAGGCUGCGUUGUGGCCUGAAAUGUUCUGAAUCCCACUUUAGCCCCUCAGUUUUGGGCCCCCCUUUUUUUGGGGGUGGGGAGGGGGAUCCCUUUUCACUCUCACAGGCCCUGUGGAUUUAUUUCCACAAGUGGGGGCUGCAUGAAGAGCAAGUGGGUUUUUGGUGGACGUGUGAUCUCUUCUUUCCUUUCGAAGGACUUUAACUUGCAUAAAUUAGAAGUAUUUUUGAGUUUAAGAGAAACUAUUGACUUGUAUUUAAGAUAAAGAAAAUAAGAUCUAUUUAUUUUGGGACUUGUAGUGCAAAAGAGUCCGCAGAUGAUUUAACUUUUGGUAAACGAUGCAAAAACAAAACAAGUAAAUGGGCCUUAUGUGUUUUUGACAUUGUGAAGCCAUUUUGCACAUAAUACAGAUCCAGAUAUCAUCUCUUGGCAAAAAAAAAAAAAAAAGUCUCCCCUCCUGCCUCACUGCUGUCUUCUCGCGCUGCUGGAGGUCACGUGAUGCAGGGCCAAGCGCGAGAAUCAACUGCGAGGAUGCUAGAAGGGGAAAUGAGGGAGCUGAUGUCUUUAUUGGAUUGUAAACUGUUCUAAUGGCCAUGUGGGGUGUUGAGAGAGAACUUCAUGGUAAAGACCUCCUAGGGGGCAGUAUUUCCCCCCCUGCACCAACAGCGUUGAUGUCAAUGGUGCAUGAUGGGUGCCUUAGGGUGGUUAUACUCAGUGUUGGUUCACCCCUUUGGUACAGAGUCUCUACUAAGGAACUAUAACUGCCUGGCAAAAGGCUGUGGAUGUAUGUGCGUGCGUGCGUGUGUCAGAAGCAGAAAAAGAAGGGAUGUGAAGCCUGGAAGGUGUGUUACAAGCUGCACGAGUGCGUGUUUGUUUGAAUGAUUGUGUGAGAUUGAAAGAGGGGUGGGGAGAGAAAAACAAAACAAAAAAAAAUGUGAAAACUGAAAAUGAGAUGGGGGGGGAGGGGGGAGAGAAAAAAAAAAGCUGCUACCGUGUUUGACCAGCCAGAGCACUCGGGAUCAAUCUGGCUGGAGUAACAAAUGAGACAUUUGUCGGUUUUGACUUGCCUCUUGCGCUUUGCGGAUGGGCUCCUUCGCCAAGGUCAUCCACCAGAGGACAAGCAUGUAUUAUCAGGUCAAAUGUAUUUUUGAUCGCUUUUGAGUUCUGCCGAGCAUUGAUGCUUCAUAGUGGCGUUCAAUGAAUGCAUUCUGUGAAAAAUGAAAAUAUAUUUUUGAGUUUUUGUUAACAAGGGAACGUUUACAAAACCUGUGUUUGAAUCUCGGUCAUUAAAUAUUCUUUUCUGGUUCACCCGCAUGGAGUAGAAUUUCUGAUUGGGAAAUGGCGGGUGAGGUUAUUUGGCCACUGGCAGGGGCACUGUCAUGAAAAAGAAUUUCCUUUUGGUCCACGCCGCUUCAGUGCUACAAAUUGGAAAUGAUAUUUUAUAGGGUCCCUGUCAGUCAAUUGUCAUCGCUUUCCUCCCCUGGCCACAGAUGGCGAGAGGAACUCAAAUCACUCUGCUCUUAAAACUGACACCAAGUCGUCAUUGAGGUUGUGAACCAAUGACAGGACGAGUCAGAUGAAUUGAAAUUCAUUCCAUUCCUUCAAAAAUGCCUUUUGGUUGGCGGUCAAAAUUCACAAUUUCCUUGUUGAUGAGACCAAAUCACCACUUUUAUGUUUGAGGUGUCGCAGCGGGCGUGGUGUUUUCAUUCUACUGGGUCCACCUGAAACUAUGCAGAAUGCAAAGGCUUUUACAUUCUGUACAUUUUGUACACUUAUGUCAACCCCAGCAACCAAAGAGAUGCUUUCAUUUAAAAAAAAAAAAUGGGAGCUUGAAAUGUUCUCGUGACCUCUUGUUUGAGGGGAUUCAUCAAAAGUCUUACAUGAAAUAACAGAGGAUUAAGAAAUGCCCUGGCACUAUUCAGCCAUGGUUUGAAAGAAAAAAAAGAAAAUCAAGUGAAUUUUGGAUGAAAUCUAUCCUGCCCAACUGAAAAUAUACAAGACAUUUCAAUAAAAUCCACUUGGUUU